UCUUAUUAAAAAAAUUCUUAGACGUUCUUCGCCGAGAGUCGUCGGGGUUUCCUGCUUCAACAGUGCUUGGACGGAACCCGGCGCUCGUCCCCCACCCCGGCCGGCCGCCCAUAGCCAGCCCUCCGUCACCUCUUCACCGCACCCUCGGACUGCCCCAAGGCCCCCGCCGUCGCUCCAGCGCCGCGCAGCCACCGCCGCCGCCGCCGCCGCCUCUCCUUAGUCGCCGCCAUGACGACCGCGUCCACCUCGCAGGUGCGCCAGAACUACCACCAGGACUCAGAGGCCGCCAUCAACAGCCAGAUCAACCUGGAGCUCUACGCCUCCUACGUUUACCUGUCCAUGUCUUACUACUUUGAUCGCGAUGAUGUGGCUUUGAAGAACUUUGCCAAAUACUUUCUUCACCAAUCUCAUGAGGAGAGGGAACAUGCUGAGAAACUGAUGAAGCUGCAGAACCAACAAGGUGGCCGAAUCUUCCUUCAGGAUAUCAAGAAACCAGACUGUGAUGACUGGGAGAGCGGGCUGAAUGCCAUGGAGUGUGCAUUACAUUUGGAAAAAAAUGUGAAUCAGUCACUACUGGAACUGCACAAACUGGCCACUGACAAAAAUGACCCCCAUUUGUGUGACUUAAUUGAGACACAUUACCUGAAUGAGCAGGUGAAAGCCAUCAAAGAAUUGGGUGACCACGUGACCAACUUGCGCAAGAUGGGAGCGCCCGAAUCUGGCUUGGCAGAAUAUCUCUUUGACAAGCACACCCUGGGAGACAGUGAUAAUGAAAGCUAAGCCUCAGGCUAAUUUCCCCAUAGCCGUGGGGUGACUUCCCUGGUCACCAAGGCAGUGCAUGCAUGUUGGGGUUUCCUUUAUCUUUUCUAUAAGUUGUACCAAAACAUCCACUUGAGUUCUUUGAUUUGUACCAUUCCUUCAAAUAAAGAAAUUUGGUACCCAAAAAAAAAAAAAAAAAAAAAAA